AUGAUAGACAUUUUGAUAUACGUCGGUUUGAGAUUUUUACAAGGGAAUGUCGGGUUACUUAGUAAUAUACAGACAUAUCUGUGGAUUGAUAUUGCGCAGUUUACUACCCGUAAAGUUUCCGUAGACAUGUUUGACCAUCUCUUAGAGCUUUCGCUUAGAUUCCAUAUUAAUCGUAAGACCGGCGAAAUUCUUCGUGCACAAAAGCGCGGUGUAAUGUCGAUCGUGGCCAUUCUAUCUUCAGUUCUUUUCCAAGUCGUUCCAACUUUGGUUGAUAUUGGAAUCGCUGUUGCCUAUUUCACGGUUGCCUUUGAUAAAUUAUUCGGCAUAAUUGUAUUUGUUACCAUGUCUCUAUACAUAGCUGCUACCAUAAUUCUGACUGACUGGAGGACAGGGUAUCGAAGAAAGGCAAAUGUAUUAGAAAAUCUUAUGGAAGCCAAGGCUGUCGACACGCUCUUAAAUUAUGAAACCGUUAAGUAUUAUGCCGCGGAAGACUUUGAGAGCAAGGAAUAUCAAAAAGCAGUCGACGACUACCAGGAUGCAGACAAGAUAUCCAAUGCAACCAUAUAUAUCCUCACUCUGGUGCAAAACGUCAUUAUCCAAGCUGGUCUUCUUGUGGGUGGCCUGCUUUGUGCUUAUCAAGUUACUCAAGGACAGAAAACCGUCGGUGACUUUGUAUUGUAUCUUGCAUACAUUCUCCAACUAUACCAACCCUUGAACGAUUUUGGCUCCUACUACAAAUCGAUUCAAAAAAAUCUCGUGGAUAUGGAAAAGAUGUUGGAUUUAAUGCAUGAACCGGUGGAAGUUAAGGACCCGAUUAAACCUACGCCGUUGAAUGUGGAGAAGGGAGAAAUAGAGUUCCGAAAUGUUACUUUUGCAUAUGAUGAGAGAAACCCGAUCUUGAAAAAUGUGUCGUUUAGAGUACCAAGCGGACAAACCGUUGCUAUCGUUGGACCAUCAGGAGGAGGCAAGUCAACUCUCUUGCGUCUACUAUUACGCUUUUAUGAUAUCCAAGAGGGUUGUAUCCUGAUAGAUGGAAUUGAUGUGAAAGAGGUUAAACAACAAGAGCUGAGAGGUCAAAUUGGAGUUGUACCUCAGGAUACUGUUUUGUUCAACAAUACUAUUAAAUAUAAUAUAAGAUAUAGUAGGAUCGAUGGAACUGACGAAGAAGUGGCGGCUGCUGCUGUUGCUGCUAAAAUUCACGAAAAGAUUCUUGGAUUCCCUGAUGGUUACGAUACUAAAGUAGGGGAGAGAGGGUUAAGACUGAGCGGAGGAGAGAAGCAGCGUGUGGCGAUCGCUAGGACAGUGUUAAAGAAUCCUCAAAUUGUGUUACUCGACGAAGCGACAUCGGCACUCGAUACCAGUACAGAAAGACACAUACAGAAGUCACUACAGCAGAUGACUGUCAAUAGAACUACACUAAUAAUCGCACAUCGACUCUCGACAAUCGUACAUGCUGAUCAGAUUCUUGUGGUGAAGGCCGGAGAGAUAGUAGAGCGAGGAUCGCAUGACGAACUUAUGCAAAGAGAAAAUGGUGUCUAUUUCAAACUGUGGAAUAAACAACUCAAAGAACGACUGAAAGUCAAGUCAAAGAUUAAGCGUCUCGGUCGCGCAACCAGCGUACGUAGUAGGAAGAAUAGUCGUCGCUAUAAGGCUCCAGCUCCUGAGACAAUCGCUAUAAGAGUAGAAGAAGAUGUGACGCCUCAACCGAUGCCACCUUUACCUGUUAGUGGUCCAGUGAAUGAAUCAAUAGUAGCGAGAUAUCGGACGCCUCGAACGAUGACACCUAUGGCAAUGCCAACGAGUAGUUCAGUAGUAAGGGAACCAACACCACAAACAGUGCCAUCUAUACAUGGUGAUGCAGUGAACGAAUCAGCAGAUUCUCAAGAGAUGAUAUAUAUACAUAGAUCAGUAGGAUGGGAAGAUAUGAGGCCUCAAACAAUGACAUCUGGCGAUGAAGUGAAUAGAUCAGUAUCAGGGAGGAAUAUGAGACCUCACUCAAUGGCAUAUAAUAUACAUAACAAUGAAGCGAAUGAAUCAGUAGUGAGGGGGAAUGUGAGGCCUUACACAAUGACAUAUAUACAUGACGAUGAAGCGAAUGAAUCAGUAGUAAGGGGGAAUGUGAGGCCUUACACAAUGACAUAUAUACAUGACGAUGAAGCGAAUGAAUCAGUAGUAAGGGGGAAUGUGAGGCCUCAAAGGGCGACAUCUGGUGAUGGAGUGAAUGAAUCAGUAGUAAGGGGGAAUGUGAGGCCUCAAAGAACGACGUCUGGUGAUGGAGUGAAUGAAUCAAAUUUAGACGAAGAAGCACCUUCGAGGAAUUCACGCAGAUAUAAUCCUUUGGAUUUCUUACGAUGA